GCCCAUCUCCGGUUACGGUUAAAAAAAGAGAGAGAGAAUAAAAAACUCGAGUCACGUUGGUUGAAGUGGCUCGGCAAUUUCCCUCCAAAGCCCUAGGCCGCCGGUCCGGCCAACAAGGGGGUCGUUAUGGCGCUCAGUCAGUGGAUCGACGGCGAUGAGAGCGCCUCGGAGAUGCUUGCCAGAGUUCUCAAAGAACGAACCUCCUUGGUUGUUCCGCCUCUCCACAGAGUUCCUCUCCGCGUUGGCAAUGUGGUCGAACUUGUUGGACCUUCUGGUUCUGCCAAAACGCAGAUCUUAAUCCAGGCUGCUGUUAAUUGCAUUCUUCCAAAGGAGUGGAAUGGGAUCCGCUAUGGAGGCUUGGAGUGCUCAGUGGUGUUCAUUGACUUGGAUUGUCGUCUUGACAUCACAAGGCUGUACCAAGUUCUGAAGCUUCGAAUUUUGGAAGCCAUUAGCAACGGAUCCUCAAGCACAGGAGAUCAGGAAAAUUUUGAUGCAUUACAUGCUACAUGCUUGAGAAGAUUCUUUUAUAUCCGUUGCUAUGACAGUUUUGAAUUUCUUGCCACUCUCAAGACCAUGCACCAUAAACUUCAAAAAGAAAGAGAUGGUCUAGGAGUUGGGUUACAUCUACUCGUGAUUGACAGUAUUGGAGCUUAUCAUUGGGUUGAUCGUGUCUCUUCAUCCUUGCCUUUGUGGGGUCACAACAGGAAAGGCUUUUCUCUUGCAAAUGUGCUAGAAGCUGCUGUAGAAGAGGUUAGAAAGCUUUUGCUGGUUCAUCCGAGUAUUGUUAUUGCUUCAAAAGCAACCAUUUUUGGGAAUAGAUCUUCUGACAUAGUUAGACGGAAACCACUACCUUCACCGUUUCUUCCAUCAAGAAUAAAGAGAAUGAUGUUAUGUGAACAAUCCUUAUCAGAGUCAGAAUCAAGACAUGGGAAAACCGAUGGUGGACAAGUUUUGUACCGAGAGUAUAUGCCUUCUGCAUGGCAGUCUUUUGUCACGCACAGAGUUUUUGUUCGAGACUCAGACGAACAUCCUACAGGGAGCAGUUGUGAUCGUCAACCAACAUAUUUUUCAGAAUGGCUGCUACCGUCCCUAGGCUUCCUCGAUAAAUUUAUUGUGAAAAAUGCUGGCAUCUUUUUAGUACCAUGAACUGCAUUUGUUUCAUAUGCUGCUGGCCAUUUCAUGGGUGUUGGGUGCUCUCAUUAUUCCAGGUCAGUUUUUUCGUUUCUUUAGUUGAAGGAUGUUGAAUGUGUAAGUUUUGUAUUAUUGUUUAUUUAUAUAAUUUUGGUCUCCAUUGACGGCUAAAAAGAGCCAUCAUUCUAGUUGACGGUUUUUUUUUGGUUGGCUAUCAACUAUGAUGGUGUCAACUAUCUAAAAGCAUCAACUUUAUUGUUAUCGUUGAUGUCUCAAGUUAAUGUUUUCACUGUUAAUUUUAUUUGAAUAUUGUCAACGUUUAUUCUUUUAUUGACA